ACCAUGCAGGCAUUUCUAAAAGGUGCAUCCGUCAGUACUAAACCACAGAGCAAGGAUCGAGGAGUUGCUGCCACUGCUGGAAGCAGUGGAGAGAACAAGAAAGCCAAACCUGUCCCAUGGGUAGAAAAGUAUCGCCCAAAAUGUGUGGAUGAAGUUGCUUUCCAGGAAGAGGUGGUUGCAGUGUUGAAAAAGUCUUUAGAAGGAGCUGAUCUUCCAAAUCUCUUGUUUUAUGGGCCACCUGGAACUGGAAAAACAUCAACUAUAUUGGCAGCAGCUCGAGAACUCUUUGGGCCUGAACUUUUUCGAUUGAGAGUUCUUGAGUUAAAUGCAUCUGAUGAACGUGGAAUUCAAGUAGUCCGAGAGAAAGUGAAGACAUUUGCUCAAUUAACUGUGUCAGGAAGUCGCUCAGAUGGGAAGCCAUGUCCUCCUUUUAAGAUUGUGAUUCUGGAUGAAGCUGAUUCCAUGACCUCAGCUGCUCAGGCAGCUUUACGACGUACCAUGGAGAAAGAGUCUAAAACUACCCGCUUCUGUCUCAUCUGUAACUAUGUCAGUCGAAUAAUUGAACCCCUAACCUCUAGAUGCUCUAAAUUCCGCUUCAAACCUCUGUCAGAUAAAACUCAACAGCAGCGAUUACUAGACAUUGCUGAGAAGGAAAAUGUCAAAAUUAGCAAUGAGGGAAUAGCUUAUCUUGUUAAAGUAUCAGAAGGAGACUUAAGAAAAGCCAUUACAUUUCUUCAAAGUGCCACGCGAUUAACAGGUGGAAAGGAGGUCACAGAGAAAGUGAUCACAGACAUUGCUGGGGUAAUACCAGCUGAGACAAUUGAUGGAAUAUUUGUUGCAUGUCAGAGCGGCUCUUUUGAUAAACUAGAAGCUGUGGUAAAGGACCUGAUUGAUGAGGGUCAUGCAGCAACCCAAGUUGUAAAUCAACUUCAUGAUGUGGUAGUAGAAAACCACCUUUCUGAUAAACAGAAGUCUAUUAUCACAGAAAAGCUUGCAGAAGUGGAUAAAUGCCUAACAGAUGGUGCUGAUGAACAUCUGCAGCUGAUUAGCCUCUGUGCUACAGUAAUGCAGCAGUUAACUCAGAAUUGUUAAGAU